AAUAUAUCAACACGGUCACCAAGUCCUCUCCGGAUGGCAAGGCCUUGUGACCUUCCGCCGGUGCGGCAAGCAGCGGCUCUUCUCCUGGCAUGCGCGCUUGCUCUGCUCGCGGUGCAGCUGCGGCCGUGCAGAGCCCAGCAGCAGCAGCAGCCUCCGUCGCCGGGAUACUACCCCAGCGGCAUGUUCAGGCCGCUGGGCUUCUCCGAGGCCUACCGCACCCUGUGGGGCGCGCAGCACCAGACGCUGUCGCCGGACGGCAAGUCCCUGACGCUCUGGAUGGACAGCAGCUCGGGCAGCGGGUUCAAGUCUGCGCGGGCGUACCGGAACGGCUACUUCGGCGCGUCCGUCAGGGUGCAGCCGGGGUACACCGCCGGCGUCAACACCGCCUUCUACCUGUCGAACAGCGAGGAGUACCCGGGGCACCACGACGAGAUCGACAUGGAGCUGCUGGGGACGGUGCCGGGGGAGCCGUACACGCUGCAGACCAACGUGUACGUGCGCGGCAGCGGCGACGGCACCAUCGUCGGCCGGGAGAUGCGGUUCCACCUCUGGUUCGACCCCACCGCCGACUUCCACCACUACGCCAUCAUCUGGAACCCCGACCAGAUCCUGUUCCUGGUGGACGACGUGCCCGUCAGGCGGUACGAGAGGAAGGCGGAGGCCACGUUCCCUGACCGGGAGAUGUGGGCGUACGGCUCCAUCUGGGACGCCUCCGACUGGGCCACCGACGGCGGCCGCUACCGCGCCGACUACCGGUACCAGCCGUUCGUGUCGCGGUUCGCCGGCCUCAGGGUCGGCGGGUGCGCCGCGGACGCGUCCGCGGACUGCCAGCCAGUGCCGGCGUCUCCGGCGGCGCCGGGGACGGCGGCGAUCAGCGCGCAGCAGGAGGCCGCCAUGCGGUGGGCGCAGCGGAACUCCAUGGUGUAUUACUACUGCCUCGACUCAACCAGGGACCGCGCGCUCUACCCCGAGUGCUGAGACGCUGCGCUGCGCUAUACCUACAGACUACAGUGGCGAGCUGAGGGUGUCAGAGCUAUAUGGAACCGCGAGCACCUCGCAUUCGCAACACAAACGUAUAUUUGAAUAUUACAACUUGGAAGAUGAAAGACGAUCCAAUCUGAUAUAGAAUUAUCAUUGUCAGGUUGUGUUCUGAAAACAAAAAUGAAAUUAUAAUUCCAUCGAGAGAAUAUCGAGGUACAGGGAGAACGGG